UACAGUUCGUUCACAUGUGCUUUGCAUAUAAUACAAGACAUAUGCAGACAUAAAAUCAAGACACAGAAGACAUCCUGAAACCUUAGCAGACACAAGACCAUGGGGAUUCAUUUGUGGAAUGUUGUGUGUGUUGUGUUAGCUGUACUCCUUAAUUCAACAGGCUCACUCGCCCAGCUGGAUGUUUGUGGUCGGCCUCCAUUGAACAACAGGAUUGUGGGUGGUGCAGAUGCCUCUCCUGGAUCCUGGCCUUGGCAGGUCAGCUUUCAAUCAGGUGGCAGCCAUUUCUGUGGUGGCAGCCUGAUCAAUGAGAUCUGGGUCUUAUCAGCUGCUCACUGUUUCCAAAGUAUUACUGCAUCUAAUGUCAAAGUCCUGCUAGGACUGGCAAAUGUGCAGGGGACUAACCCUAAUAUUCAGCAGAGAAACGCUAGUAAAAUUAUCAACCACGAAGGCUAUAACUAUAACAUUACCCUUUACAACGACAUUGCACUGGUCCAACUCUCCUCUUCAGUGACAUUCAAUAAUUAUAUCAUGCCAGUGUGCCUCGCAGCAAGCAAAAGUUCUUUUCCUGGAGGUACUGAAGUCUGGAUCACAGGAUACGGUCAAGUUGCUUCUAAUGUGAGUCUGCCAUACCCUCAAACCCUGCAGGAGGUGCAGGUGCCUAUUGUCAGUAACAGUGACUGUACAAAGGUAUAUGGAUCGAAUAUUAUCUUAGACAAUAUGAUAUGUGCUGGCCUAUCUAAGGGAGGAAAAGACUCAUGCCAGGGUGAUGAUGGAGGUCCACUGGUGGUCAAGCAAAACACAACCUGGGUUCAGGCUGGGAUUGUGAGCUUUGGCAAUGGCUGUGCUAAACCUAAUUCCCCAAGUGUGUACACCAGAGUGUCUCAGUACCAAGACUGGAUCAACAGCAAGAUCAGUGGCAAAAAUCCUGGAUUUGUUUUAUCAAACAACAGUCAUGGCUCCCCCAAACCUUUCUGUCUGUUCCUUUCUUUUCUUAUCAUCCCCUUCCUUCCCUUCCUCUCUGUCUUCUAGAGAUGUCAGUCAAAUUUUACACACAAGCACAAAUGAAAGGAGUAAACUUACAUUACUGUAUAUUAUUUAUUAUAGUUUAUCUGUUAUAUUAUCAUGUGUGUGUGCCCUGCGAUGGGUUGGUACUCUGUCCAGGGUGUAUCCUGCCUUGAUGCCCUGUGACCCGAGGUAGUUUGGAUAAGCGGUAGAAAAUGAAUGAAUGAAUGAAUGUUAUAUUAUCUUCUAUGUCUUACAGAAUGUCCACAUUUAACUUUUACUUGAGUACAUAACAUUCUUUACUGCAAUACAUUUUAAAAAGGGACAGUUGAACUGUAUGUGAAUAAAAGAAGUAAAACCUAAAAUCAAGUAAAAUUAAAGUCAAGUUUAAAGAGCAUCUAACAGAAAGUUAGCUAAGCUUAUUGUAUGCUAGACAUUUUAUCUGUCCUACAUACGAGCAAUACAUUGCUAACAUUUACCAAUUUACCUUAAGUACUUACUUUGAGUAAAUCAGCAUUUUUGUAUAGAAUAUGAAGUCCAUACACAUAUAUGGCAAAUUAAAAGAAAACAAAUAAACAAAACUAACAUAAA